GGGUUGGUUGUGUUGGAUUUUAGUCAUUUUAAAACGCCAAACGGGCGCCAAUUUUCCGAUCUCUCUCUGAAAUAACAAAUUUUUGCUCCGAUCAAGCUCGAAAAAAAUGGCGAACAAUCCUUGAGUUUCUCGCAUUGCUUUUAGGUUACGUUGCCUGUUUGCCGGACGUGGAGUUCGUCCACUCCUCUGCUUUGAUUUGAUGUUCUUUCGGUCGGUCGAUCGAAGGAGGAUUAUUUCAACAUGAUUUGAAAUGCCAGGUGAAUAAUGUAUGAUCAUGCGCCUCAUUUAUUCCCGGCGUCUAAAGAUUGUCAGACCAGAGGGUGAAGCAUCUAACAAUUAUAUAGUAAAGUAAUUAUUUCUGUUCAACUCUCGAAUUCUGAAAGAUGUCUGCUAGAAAGUCGAGAGGUAAUGCGACAGAGAAGGUUUUGUCCCAUGAAGAACAACAGGUCAAGAUAAAUGAAGUAAAAAAGUUAAUGGGUCCAAUUGCUGAUAAGCUUCCUGUUUUGUGCUCGGAGGCAUCUAUUCUGAGGUACCUCAAAGCAAGAAACUGGAAUACAAAGAAGGCCAAUAAAAUGUUGAAGGAAACUUUGAAAUGGAGGCUAGAUUACAAGCCAGAGAAGAUAAUUUGGGAAGAUAUUGCUCAGGAGGCCAAGACGGGAAAAAUAUAUAGAGCUAAUUACACUGACAAACAAGGAAGAACCGUUCUUGUAAUGAGACCGAGUAGUCAGAAUACAGAAUCAACAACUGGACAGAUACGAUAUUUGGUUUACUGCAUGGAGCAUGCGAUUUUGAGUUCAAAUUCAACUGAUGGAUACAUGGUAUGGUUAAUUGAUUUUCAUGGCUGGAACACAUCUUGUCUAUCCUUGAAGGUUACUCGAGAUACAGCUCACGUCCUGCAAAAUCAUUAUCCUGAAAGAUUGGGCCUUGCUAUUCUCUACAACCCACCGAAGGUGUUUGAGUCCUUUUGGGUGAUGGUAAGACCAUUCCUAGAGUCAAAGACAUUCAAGAAAGUGAAGUUUGUGUACUCCAACAACCCAGAGAGUCGAAAGAUAAUGGAAGACAACUUCGACGCUGACGAAUUGGAAACUUCAUUUGGUGGGAAAAACCCUGUUGGGUUUAACUACGAAGAUUAUUCACAAAGAAUGAUGGAAGACGACAAGAAAAUGACUCAUUUUAUCGACUCUGGAUGCUCUUCUCCAAUUUAUAAAGCUAUUUUAUCCAAAUCACAGCUGCUUGACUCGGCCGCAUCCGAUGUCGAUUCUCAAACUUCCGACGAAGAAAGCAACAACGACGAAAUACCAUUGAGUUUGGAGCAUCCAGAUGACAAACUACAAGUCCCUUCAGCGACAACAUCCGAGUCCAGAUAACAAACUACAAGAGCAUUGAUAUUCAAGUAAGCUGCUUCUUGCAUCUCACUGACUGCUCAUUAACCUUUAACAAUAAAUCAGUGGUCAGUUUGUUCUUUCUUUUCCUUUUUUUAGUGUCAUUUCGUUUUACUCUCUCUAUUAACUGUUCUUUCAUUUUUUUGGUCUCUUAAAAGUUUCUUGGCAUUCUUUUUUGGAUUAAAAUUGUGUAUUAUUUUUCGAACUUGAUAGAAAAAUGCUUAGAUGCAUUCUGGCUAUACCCAUCUUUGUGGAGUCCAUUCGGGUGCUAAUUAAAAGUUGGCUCUUUCCUUUACUCAUUUUGGAUAUUGCUUGUAACAGAACAUUUAUAAUAUAAAUACCAUAUCGGAAUAAUCCAUGAAGAUAUGCCCUUUAUUUCUCUGUCUAGCUCAAAAUUAGGGGAGUAUCUUUCUUGGCUUCUGUUCAAAAGCUUAAAUUGACUUUAAUUUACACCUCUCUUUUGUAUUUAGUAAAUUAAAUUUGGGCGAAUUGAACUAAUUGUUUUUCCUUUUUUUAAUAUUAUUAUCAUUUUGGUUGAUGGGUCAUCUAUCCGAGGCUAAACUACAAUUUUGAUUCUUCCAAUUUUAGGGUUGGUUUAUUAAGUCUAUAUUUGUUAGGUUUCAAUUCAAAACUUUGUCAUGUUAACACAUUUACUAUCUAUGUUUAUAAUAUGUGAGGGUGUGGAGAUUUGAACUUCUACUUGACUUUUUUUUUUUCUUGACAAUAUAUGUGGGAGGUGAUGAAUUCAAAUAUCAAAUUUUGAGGUUCAUGGUAAAAGUUCGUGUCAGUUGAAUUUUAAUUAUGUUGACGCAAUAACUAGGUGAACUAUACACUCAAAGAUAUGUUUAUUUUAAAGUAUAUUUUUGGAGAUAAUGACAUAAUGCUAAAAGUUCAUGAACCAUGUUUAUAAUUUGACUUUAUCAAUUAAUAUACAUCAAAUAUAUGGGUUAUUUUAGUUCUAAACUUUUUUUAUUAUAUAUUUAUGAUUUUUAGUAAUCAUAUCUUAAAUGAAUAAUUCUUUAACAAAAAAUUCAUUACAAUUUUAGUACACAUAUAUCUCUC